UGAAAAAGCAACCCGGAGAAUAGCUGGUAAAGAUUAAGAAAUAUACUCUUAAAACAUACAUUUUUCUUACGCAAGUAAAGGUUGGUUUUUGAUGAACUGCAAAAACUAGGGAUGAGUUUACUCCCAUCGUCUCUACAUGCAAACUUCAAUCCCAAAAACCAAGCUUUUAAUUAUUAUCCGUACAAUCACAACAUCCGCCACCGUCAGCUGCAGUCAAAGAGCUGCGUCGGAACGUGGCUUCCUAAGCCUUAUCCAAUCUUGCAACUCCUUCUCAAACCUCCUCCAAAUCCAAACACAAAUCAUCAAACUGGGUUUUGAAAACAACCCUUUAAUUCUCACUAAAUUUGCAUCCAAAUCCUCUGACCUCAACUCCAUUGAAUACGCUCAUCGUUUCCUCUUUUCACCCCAUUCGAACACCCAUUUCUACGAUGCUUUCCUUUUCAACACUAUUAUCAAAGCUUAUGCUCAAACUGGGAACUUAAAACCCAAAGCUUUAUUGGUUUUCAAUUUCAUGCUUGAAUGCGGAGUUUUGCCUAAUAAUUUCACGUAUCCUGUUGUUUUAAAGGCUUGUGCUGCCAUUGGGGACUUGAAUUUAGGCAUGUCCGUUCACGGGUCGUUGUUAAAAUUUGGUUUUGACGGGAAUGAUCCUGUUUUAAACACUCUGGUUCACAUGUACUGUGGUUGCAAAGGAGGGAUCGUGUUUGGUCGCAAAGUGUUCGAUGAAAUGACGAAAAAUGACUCUGUUCCUUGGAGCGCAAUGGUUGGUGGGUAUGUCCGAUUGGGGCGAUCGAAUGAUGCAGUUGACUUGUUUAGGCAGAUGCAGAUGCGAGGCGUGUGCCCUGAUGAGAUUACAAUGGUUGCAGUUUUGUGUGCUUGUACUGAUUUAGGUGCACUUGAACUCGGGAAGUGGGUUGAGUCUCUUAUUGAGAGGGAAAAAGUUAAUAAGUCCUUGCAGCUCAAUAAUGCGCUUAUUGAUAUGUUUGCCAAGUGUGGUGAUGUUGAUAAAGCUUUGAAAUUGUUUAGGGUCAUGAAUGAGAGAAGUAUUGUUUCCUGGACCUCUGUCAUUGUUGGUUUAGCCAUGCAUGGGCGUGGAUUGCAGGCUGCUUCUUUGUUUCAAGAGAUGAUAAGAGAUGGAGUGGCACCAGAUGGUGUUGUUUUCAUUGGAUUGCUCUCUGCUUGUAGUCAUUCUGGACUUCUUGAGAAAGGAAAGGAAUAUUUUAAUUUGAUGAGGAAGGAGUUUGGUAUUUUGCCUAAAAUUGAACACUAUGGAUGCAUGGUAGAUAUGUUAUGUAGGGCUGGACUUGUUAGAGAGGCAGUGGAGUUUGUUCAGGAUAUGCCUAUUGAGCCAAACUCUAUUAUUUGGCGAACACUGAUAAAUGCUUGCCGUACACAUGGUGAACUCAAGCUGGGAGAGAGCCUUGCCAGACAACUAAUCCGAAAUGAGCCUAUGCUUGAGGCCAAUUACGUCUUGCUUUCGAAUAUUUAUGCAAAGAUGUCUCAUUGGGAGAAGAAAACCAAGACUAGGGAAGUGAUGGACUCCAAGGGCAUGAGGAAGAUUCCAGGGAGCACUACCCUCGAGCUAAAUAACCAGAUCUAUAAAUUCGUUGCUGGGGAUAUGUAUCAUAAUCAGUACAAGGAAAUAUUUGAGAUGGUAGAUGAGAUGGGCAGAGAGAUGAAGAGGGCUGGAUAUGUUCCCUUGACCUCAGAUGUUAUGCUUGAUAUCGAUGAAGAAGACAAGGAAGAUAAUUUGAAUAGGCAUAGUGAAAAGCUGGCCAUUGCUUUUGCUCUUACGAAUACACCACCAGGGACUCCUAUUAGGAUUGUGAAAAAUCUGCGAGUUUGCAGUGAUUGUCAUUCCGCUACAAAGUUCAUCUCUAAGAUAUAUAAUCGAGAAAUUAUAGCAAGGGAUCGGAGUCGGUUUCACCAUUUCAAGGAUGGUUUAUGCUCGUGUAACGAUUUCUGGUGACAAAGUAAGAGAAAUGACAGCUUUCCAAAGCUA